CCGGGACUUGCAUGUUAUCAGUGUUCAAUAGUUCGGGUUUCGACUACUAUUAUUUAAAACGAUAAAAUAUAAUAAUAAUAAUAUAUCGCAUAUAUUAUAAUAACGUAUUUUACUUCACAUAUUUCCAUUGCGACAACAGUAUACGAUUGUGAAACCCAUCAUCAUACACAAUCACCGCAUCUACAUCAUGAGGUCGUGUCAAAUUUUAGCAGCGCUGAGCGUAAUGACGGCGUGCACCAUGGCCAUACCGAUUUUCGUUGAAGGAGGACCCCGAUCCCAAAGUUCAGAGUCUGCGGAAAAUUACGCACCCAAAGCGUACAAGUUCGAUUACGCGGUUCACGAUCCAGAAACGUACGACGUGAAGAGCCAAUGGGAAGCACGAGAGGGUGACGUGGUCAAGGGAGCGUACAGUGUUCUGGAACCCGAUGGCGCCAUGAGGUUGGUUGAGUACACCGCCGACCCAGAAACAGGUUUCAACGCGGUGGUUAGCCGGUCCGAUAGCGGAAACACAGGAUACAGGAAGCCCAGCAACGACGCGUUCGACUUUUAAAUCGGCGUCCGUAAAGCCGGCGACUCUCCACCGCCGCUGGGGCAUCCGAUAUCCGGUGCGCGGCCAGUACCGACAACGACGACAAUGAUAACAUAUUAUAAACGUAAUACUAUAUUAUCACAAUAGCGUUAUCAUAUUGCUACAACGAGCACCGUUGUCGUCGCUCGGUCAUAAUACAUAAUAUAAUACGAUUAUUAAUAUAUUAUAUAUACGUUAUUUUCCAUUCCUUCCCCAACAUAGUACGCGUAGAAUCUUAUUUUACUAAAAAAAAAUCAUAUAAUUAUAUUUUUAUACUUUAUUAUAAUAUAAUAAAUACUGCAGGUACGCGUGUGUUGUACUUGGACUACGCGUGGUGUGUAUACCCAUUUAAUAUGUAUGUACAUUUUAAAUUACCUGCAUUGUUAAUCAUUUGUAUUGUUAUUAGUAUUAUUUUAUAUUGGCUUGUUUUUAUAAUGAAUAAAGUAUACAUAUUUAAAAAAUGUUAA